GAACUGCUGAUAUGUGCAUUAGGUUCUCUCCGAAGGAUUUCGCAAUGGAGCCCCGCUCUAGGCCUCCUUCCAAAUAGUGGCACGCAGGACAACUCCGCGUACUCAAAUGCACUCGUUCAAUAACCUCUCCAAACCACUUGCAACCUUCAUAAAAUCUCCAAGAUGCCCUCUGAGAAUACCCACGAUGCGACUGCCGACCUCAAACAAGAGAGCUCAGUCGCCCGCUUAGACCUCCGCGAUGACGUAAACCUUGCAACCCCAAAAGAUCCAACAGCACCCCAAGAACUACAAACAACUCAGGAAUCACAAGCGGCCAAAGAAUCUUAUGCCGACUACAUCAAGAAUCUGCCACCACCGUUCUGGGCGACCAAGACACCACAGACGAAACCAGUGAACGACGAGGCGAUCGCGGCCAGAAUCAACGCUGUAUGUGCGCCAGUCACAGCCGAGCAGCGCGAAGAAGAUGAGCGUCUGAAAGCCAUGUCCUGGCGCGAGCGGUGGCGUGAUCGCAAGGCGAGACGAGAGGCUAAAGAGAAGAAUAAAGGUCCCGAUUUAAGACCUGUAGAAAGGGGGAGCCGAGCACAGUUGAAUGUCUUUGGUGUCAAUACCAAGGAGAAGUAGGGGAAGCGGCGACGUAUCUACACAAGAAAUGUGCUGUAAAUUGCAUAGGACAUUACACAACUACAAAAGAAAACAACAGCUAUAGUAUGCUCGUAUCUCUGUGCCGCAAUUGUGACGAGCAUGUUUCAUUCUCGAUUGCCGACAAAGUCAUCAACUACAUGAUUUGUACCUACUCCCGCAGUAAAUCUCUCAGACUUCCCCAGACUUCCCUAGGAAUUUUGUUAGGAAGUACCAUCUUUCGCAAUUCACGUCUGCUGGUAUAGCGUCUUUUCUGCUGCAGACUUGUAACAGUAAGUAUUGUAAUUACCUUAUUAACUUCUUUUAAGGAGGUACUGUUGGUCCUGCGCCUUAACUUGCAUCGACCUUCGGCCGCGUGCAUGAUGCUGGAGAGUCGACCGAGGAACCUCGCCAUGAUCUGCAAGAAAGCGAUAGGAGAUGGGAACAUCUGGAGGGACCCUUUUGCUAAGACCUGACUUGCCUUAU